AUGGGUGAAGGCGCGGACGUGCGCCGCGCGUCGGUGGGCCGGUCCGUGCUGCUGCACGCCCUCUGCCGGACCGCAGAGGCCGUGCGGCGCGCCGUGCUGCACCAGGCCGACCAGAACCGCCAGCUGGUAACCGAGUGGGACGAGCUGUUCUGCCCCGAGUGGCACCGCUCCCUGCUCACCGUGUUCGCGGUCAUGGCCGUUGGCGCGCCGGCGGCCGACGCCAGUCCGCUGUUCUGCGAGACCUUGGCAGCAGUCUGUGGCGCUGUGCUGCACGCGCCUGGCGUUGUGCUGCUGCACCACGCCCUGCCCGCGCGGGUGGAUCCCGACCUGGACGAGAGCCACCUGUUUUUGUCAAAUCUGGCCGAAGCCGAGCAGAGUCGUCCGUACCAGGAGGACGGCAGGGACGACCCCAAGCUGGCCCUGCCGACCCUCUUCAGGCUGAUCACGAGCCAGACGGAGCCGCUGGUGUCGGGCCUGCUGUCGGACCUGGCCGCCGGUCAGACCUGCCUGGUGGACCCCAGCCACGAGUCGCACUGUGUGGUGCUGACUCACCUGAUGGCCUGGCACCUGGCCAUCUCGUACGCCGGACACCUGGACACGGCCCGCAAGGUCAUGACGGCCGAGGCGCUCAGGGAGGAUGGUCUCUUGGACAACCUUCUUCAGCAGCUGUUCUCUCUGAUGCCCGACUCCCCGGAGGUGCCUGAGUCCUACGCCGACACCCACAAGUCCUACUUUGAGCUGGAGCCGAUUUUCGAUUUGUCAGGGUCCGGCUCGGCCGAGGAGGUGCACCACUGGGCGUGCAGGACGUACGCCGAGCUCCUGCGUCAGCUGCCGGUACUGGCCCGCUCCUGGCGCUCGAGCUGCGAGCGGGCGCUGGCGCUGCGUGUGGAGCGGCUCACGGCUGACCACGUCAGUCCGCUGCUGCUGGCCGAGGAGUUCGGCCGCCUGCAGGCCGCCGACAAGGCCAUCGACAAUAUGACGGUGCGGGCGCGCCCCUCCGUGCGCGAGGUGUCGGCCGUGUACGCCAUGGAGGAGGUCAGCACCGAGCUAGUGGUCAAGCUGCCGACCGACUACCCGCUCGGCCACGUUGUGGCAGACGCUGCCGGCCGGCGCGUUGGCGUGGCCGCUGGACAGUGGCGCAUGUGGAUGCUCCAGCUCACCACCUUCCUCACGCACCAGAACGGCAGCGUUCUGGACGGUCUACUUCUCUGGAAACAGAACAUCGACAAGCGCUUCCAGGGUGUGGAGGAGUGCAACAUCUGCUUCUAUGUGCUGCACGGCAGCAACUACCAGCUGCCGAAGCUGGCCUGCCGCAACUGCAAGAAACGCUUCCACCCCGCGUGUCUGUACAAAUGGUUCAACACGAGCAGCAAGAGCACCUGCCCCAUGUGCCGCCAGCUGUUCUGAGUCCGCUGAGACGGUUCUGCGGGUCGACCUGGGGUCGCGACGGACGUACGCCGCGUGACCGGGGCCGGUCUUACUGGGUGGCGCGUUGCUGUUAGCCACGAGAGUGUCGAGGAAUAUAUUUCGCACGGUGCUGUGUCUGCACGCUUGCGGUCGCGUGAGAUAAUA